UGCACAUCACUGACCCGUUUCACCGCAGAGCAGAGCGAUAAAAGCGCACCAACCCUCCGCACACGGAGCGGGUGUUUAGCCUGCUAGUGUGCUAACAUUAGCAGCGAAGAGGGCAGCCCGGCGGGCUCCCAACAAACCUGGACACGAUGUCGCUGGUGGACCUGGGGAAGCGACUACUGGAGGCGGCUAGGAAAGGUCAGGACGAUGAGGUCCGAAACCUGAUGGCCAAUGGAGCUCCGUUCACUACAGACUGGCUGGGGACGUCCCCUCUUCAUCUGGCCGCUCAGCACGGACAUUAUUCCACCGCCGACGUCCUACUGAGAGCCGGCGUCAGCAGAGACGCCCGGACCAAAGUGGACAGGACCCCGCUACACAUGGCCGCUGCCGAGGGACACACGGUCAUCGUAGAGCUGCUGGUCCGGAGUGGCGCAGACAUCAACGCCAAAGACAUGCUGAAGAUGACGGCUCUGCACUGGGCGGCGCAGCACGGACAUCACAGCGUGGUCGAGACCCUCAUCAAACAUGGUGCUGAUGUGCACGCGCUCAGUAAGUUUGACAAGACACCAUUCGACAUCGCUGUCGACAUCCAGAACACCGAGCUGAUGCUGCUGCUGCAGGAGGGCAUGCAGAACCAGGUCAACAUGAAUCAGGUGAACAUGAACCAGGUUAGUAUGAACGUGGAGACGAGCAGCACCACCAACCAGCCUCAGUUCAUCAUCCAGGGAAUACCUGCCAUACAGGGCGGCGUGGUUAACCUGGCUGAGCUCCUCAACAAGGCCAACGCUGGGGAUUCAGAGGAGGCGAUGGCUGCCAGUGCUCUGGACUCCAACAUCCAGCAUGCCGCCGUCGUCAACGAGGGGGGUCAGAGGGUCAUCACCAUAGUAACAGACCAGCACGGCAAUCUGCAGACCACCGGAGGAAUGGCGCAGCCGUUCUUCGUCACCAUGCAGCACGGACAGCAGAUGCUGGCGGUGCCGGCCAACACGGUGACGGAGGAGGUGGUGACGGAAGAGCCUCAGCCGCCACCAUCCAGGAAGAGGAAGCUGGAAGUGACCAACAACCACAACGAUGGAGGAGAGACGGGUUGUGUGACUGGUGUUCUUCAGGAAUUGUUGCAGAGGCAGCUGCAGGAGGCCAACAGGAAGGCUCAGGAGUACCGACAGCAGCUGCUGCGUAAAGAGCAGGAGGCCGAGGAGUACCGCAUCAAGCUGGAGGCCAUGGCCCAGAGUCAGGCCAACAGCACCAACGCCAACAACACCACCAGCGCUGCCGCCAACGCCGCUAGCCCUGAGGAGGUGGUGGGAGGGGAGGAGGACGAGGACGAGGGAGCCUCCGGUGUGGUGGAGGAGGAAGGAGAGAUGGUGGUGCUGCAGGAGGGAGGUAUCAUCAUGGAGGGGGAGGAGGGUCAGGUGACGCUGGUGGAAACUGGGGGGGAGACAACGGAGGUCAGCUCCUAACAGUGAGGGAGGGGUGAGGAGAGGGAGACGUAGAUGAAAGGACUCAUCAAAACAGGAGGUGGUUGGUUUGACUCAUGCAAGUUUGCAUCCCAUUUAACGGAAAGUGAGGUGGAGGGGGAGGAGCCCAAUCAUGGCAGGAAGUGCGCACCAUUUUGAAUCCCCACAAACAUCUGAUAGCAGCGUGGGAGAGAGGAGAAACAAAAUGGCAUCCUCAGAGAAAGACAUUAAACCUGAUAGCAGAGUUUAACUCUGCACCAUUUUGAAUCCCCAUUAAGAUCAAAUGCCACGAUGGGAAAGGACAAAUGAAAUCGUUUCCCAAUCAGUAAAAACUGAUGGAGGACUAACAAUGAUGGUGGAGUUCGUUUUGCACCAUUUUGAAUCCCUGAAUGAAUUUAUACCAACACAGCAGGAAGAUGAGGAGCAACACGAUGGAGGUCUUAAGACAAAUCACCAUUUUCAGUUCCUGCUUGUUGUUUCUUUGUUUUGUAUUGUUUUUUCACUGAAUGCCUCCUUAAACGGGAUGCAAAGUGGUUGCUGCAGGGUUGGGACUUUCAUAAAAGACACGUUUACUGGCGUUUUUCAUUUUACCUGCAAUCAGUGGUCCGACUCAAACAGUGAUGAGGGAUUUGGGAGAGUCCUUUCUGUCUCCCUCAACCCGGAGUGAGUGUUUUUGAACACAUCACUGAACUGAGCCCAUUUGCUUUGUGUUAGAUCAGCAGGAAUUUAGUGUUUUAGUUUAUCCUUUUGACAGUUUCCACUCUGGACAUUUGGACGCCAUUGCGGAUCCCGUUACACCUGUUUUUGCCAUUUAAUUUUUCUUGAAAUUCAUUUUUUCUGUGCAGUUUUUCAUCAGGUAAUUCCUGAAUCACCACAUCCGUCUGUCUGAUGCCUUGAUAAAUCUGGACCAUGUUGCCCUGUUUAACACCAUUUUGCUUCCCUUUAACAGUAAAGCAAAGUGAAGCCAGAACUGGGAGCUGUGAAAACAAAGAGAAAUCUAUUUUUCAGGAAUGUUUGGACACUACAUUCACUCCCUCUGAACUGCUCUCCUGCUUGUAUCUCCUUUUGUAUUUUUGUUGUUUGUGAUUAGUUUUGUUUGGACAUUGUCAUCAUGUUCUACAGCAGAACAUCGUCAUAUGAUCCCUUAUUGACCGUUUAAGCACCAAACAAUGUUUUCCAUUUCUUUCUGGAGAUUUAAUCCAAUAUUAAGUGGGGAGUCCAAAUGGCCUUGCUGGAGCUUUAUGACAAGCAAAGGGAAUCAUUUCCGGGCUGCAGCGCUACACUUCCCGACUUCUUUCCAGUAUUUUUUGGUCAAAAUGUUGACUAAUGUCUUGUUUGUUCCCAUGUUGACCCUUGAGAUUUGCAUAAUCUUGAAGAGAACCAGAUCCAUCGUGGAAAAUCUCAUUUAGUAAUUACCAUGAUUUUGUUUCCUCCAUCAGGUGGGUGUGACAGGGCUGACUGGGGCCAGGUAUAGGGCUGCUAAAUAAGCAUUUCUACAAUUGGUCCAGAAUAUUUUGUUAAUUGUUUAGUUAUAAAAGACUCCUCAGUCCAAAGUGACAUGUUUUUUUGCCAUAAAAAGUCCAAAAGCACAGAGAUACAUUAAUAGUAAAUACAGAAAAUUUGCAAAUAUAUUGGCGUUAAAGUUCUAAUAAUCCAGUUUUUCUCUAGUUGUCGGUUGACAUAUGUGUUGCUACCACUGGUUGGUAAUCCAGCCUUAGACAAAGCAGUAUUUCUGUUGUGCUUACAUUAAUUCACUCCACCAGAAUUAAUUUAAACAGGAGGUGGUGCGAAUGUCUACAGGAUACAUUUAGUUUUUACACUUGCUCUGAGUGGUUUUUGACUUUUUAUGAAAAACGAUUAACUUCACAGAAAGGGAAAACACAUUUUCUAAAUAUGUUCUGACAGAGCAAACAUUUAACUCACAUGAUUAAUCAGAGAGCUUGAAGCUUAAGCAGCUGAGAUGAAAGAAUUACAGCCUGAAACAAUUAACAACAAUACCUGAAGACUUUUCUCCAUUCUUUAUUUAUAGAUGGACAAAGUUCUUUUUUAAUUCUUGUUCAAGGUUUUUUAGCUGUUGGCAAAGACCUUGUUUUGCUUCUGGCUGCUUCUACUCUUUCUUCUAGUUAUGCCUAAUGCAACCAAUAGAAGCACUAUGCAGUCUAGUUUAUUCCAUCUGCAGCAGUUAAUGGAAACAUGCUUAAGUUACUUUUUUUUUAUUGAAAUGUGCUUCUAAUUCACUUCACAUUUAUGUGAAAACAUAGUACCUGUAAUCACUUAAACUGACACAAAGAGCAUCACUGUAGCUUUUAGGCUGCAGGGCCCGACUUCCCUAAAUUCAGCCUUUUGUCUGGAAGUUUCUCUGCAAUAAUUCAUCGUGAUCUGUGCUGAUGUACCAGAAUGUGGCCUGUUGGUUGUAAAACCUCUAGUUGUGCUGCAUCCUGCUUUUUGUCAUCCACAAACUGCAGCAAAAGAACCAGUUUGUAGCUGCAAGGUUUUAAAAACGUCACCUGUAGAAAACCCUGAAUCAGUGACGAUCAAGUUUCUGAACCUUGAAUUACCUCUGAGCAGGGAGCUUUAUUAAGAGUCUGGUUUCUCUGCGUGUUUGAGUCGAUGAAGUCAGUCCUCUGCACAAAUGCACGAAUAAAAUGUACCUGUUUACCUCCUUGGAGAUUAAACAAGUGAAGCCACAGGUACGCUCUCUGAGGCUUCUCUCAGCCCAGCUCAGCCCUGUCUGCUCCCACAGUGGAAAACCAGUUACUGACCUGUCAGCUCAUAUCCAUGUUUGGUACCUGUUUAAACUCACCUGUAACCUUCCUUCCUUUCCUACUUGCUCUGAUUCUGCAUUCUUUCAGUUAUAGUUAUUUUUAUAAGCUCAGUGAAGCCAACCUUUUUGUAUGUACAUAUAAAUUGUAUUUUUUUAACCGUAUCUGAAUGCUUCAACAUGAUGAUGGCUGCCUGCAUUAGUAAUCUGAAAUAUAAACACUUGUUUUUUCCAAUAACAA